AUGGCACGACGGUCUAGCAAGAGCUCAGCCUCUCGGCCAACGGGCUCCAUACGCAUUGUGAUGCCGUCAUCCAGCAAAGCGCCUCCCGCGAAUGCUGCGCCUGAACCAGCUGUUACCGAUGAGGAUGUAAACAAACUUAACAUCGCCGACCUCACUCUAGACGUACCCCUGAUUCCCUUUAGAACGAAGCGUCGAGUUCCCAAGAACCCGUUUCAUUUUCUCUCUUUACCUGCCGAAGUGCGCAUUCAGAUCUACACAUACUUCUUCGACGAUGUUCCUACACUUCUAGAUCUCGGACCUGGCAAUUAUAAGCGCGUACACAAGAAGCUCGGCCUCAUGCGAGUCUGCAAGCAGGUUCAUGAUGAAGCGACCUUCGCAUUCUACAGCACACGAACUUUCCGUCUAUUUCCUACCUAUCCUGGCAAAUACUUCAAGAGUAAGAAGCCUCUGCUGGCAAGGUUGAAGCCGCAGCAGCGACGAUGCGUUACAUCUCUCGAAUUGCGUCUUGGUCCUGGAUGGAAUGCUCCGCCUCGUGGAUGGGUUGUUAACCCGGCCCUCGGUCUCUCGGAAUGCGUGGAUGUUGAGCGCCUCAAUGUCUUUGUCGAGUGCGAUCCUAGUGAUAACAUCUUCCAAGGUUGGCGCCGAUCAGAGGGUUUCUACGAGGCUUUCAGCCGGAACCUUCUCACUGAUGUGUUAGAGGCAUUGCCUUCCCUUCAGGUUGUUCAGUUCGAUGGCUGGACUAGCGUCAAGAAAUCCGGAGACAUGAUGCAGGGCCUCAUGAACAUUGUUGAGCAACAAGGCCUCGGCAUUGAAUGGGGCCCUGAAAGAGGAUGGACUGACGCCAACGACGAUGAGGUAGAAGGGGCUGAGCCGGUGGGAUAUCCUGAAGGAUUCCCCCACCCUGGGUAUGAAGCGCAUGGACUAUUGGCUUUGGCCUAG